GAGCAGUCGUGUUACAGCGGGUACUACACGUCGUAUGAUAAACGUGUGAUUUUGCUGUGAAUGAAUUUUAUCCUAUUUAAAAUGUUUAAAACAAUACGAGUGAUUUUCUUAAAGGAUUUUACUAAAAUGUAAAAAAGUGUAAGAAAGGAAAUUUAUUUAAAUAUAAGAAAAAUAAAGAGAAAUUAUUUGGAUAACUGUCAUUGUGCACGUCCGCAGACGCAUUACCGACAACUUUAGUUUUACCGUUGCGCAACUUCUUUUUACUUAUUCAUGCGCUCAUAGCUGUUAAGUAGACGAACGCCAAUUGAACGCACACACAUACAUACAUACACAAGUGUUUGUAUGAUAUGGAGCAGUGAGCCUAGUAAUAAAUGCCUAAGUGUACGCAUACAAACAAAUAUGUACGGGUGCAUAUACAUACUUAUAUAACUAGCUAGUUGAAUGCAUGCAGACAUCCUUCGAACUACGCCAUACACAUGCACGCGUAUGUAUGCGAUAGUGCAUAAAUCACAGUAAACGCUUUGAAGUACAAAGCGUUAAACAUAAAGCACAAGUAAGUGAGUGGGUGGCAAAGUGUAAAGUGAAGACAAAGCAGAUUAAAGUGAACGCUAUUGUGAAAGCAUUGAAAGCGAGCGUUUACGUCAAACAUCAAGCAGCUUUACAUAAAUCAUGAACCGGUGCGUGUUGCUAUUGAAUAUUUAAAAACAUUUGUGUAAAUGAUAAAAAAAACAGAGUACGCAGAGGGCCAAAACGUGUAGCACGAGAUGAUAUGGUGGAGUGGUGAAAGCAUCGGCCAGCUAUAAAGCAAUGUCAUGCCAAAAUUUAAUGGCAAAAAGGUAUGGUGCACAAGUGCAGGUAGCAAAUACAGUAUUUAAAUCGAGCACAACAACAAAACUUUUACAAAUAACUGAUGCAACAAAAAGCGCUUUAAUAUUUGGCGAAGCAAAGGAAAACGAAAACGUUAUUGCAUUUGGUAGAGGCUAAAGGACACUCCGGGUGAGUGAGGCGCAUUGGACGCCAACUACGCAACGUCUAGCGGAAACAGAGGAAUAACAGGAAGUGUGAGGAAAACAGGAAACGCUGAAAUAGCAAAAGCAGCAGCAAUAGAAACCCGAAAAUAAGAGAUAAAAAUACAACCGAAAUUCACCGGAAAUGUUUACAAAAAUGCAAAAAUUUUGCAUUUUAGCAUUUCUAAUUGCGCCAGUGUUGGUGUUUGCUGAUGCAAAUGGUUUCGUGGAGCCAGAGUCACUGCAUGCGACAGGGCCAACGACGACACCAGCGAUGGUGGGAGCGACGAUGAGUGUUGCCGCGCAGGCUAUGGAGGACAUGCGGCAAAGCGUUGAAGCAAAAACUGCGCAGCAGCGAAUGGUGGCAGCGGCGGCGGUAACCCAAACACUGGCAGCCACCACAACAGCAACAAUCGCUACAACCGUGACAUUAGCAUCUUCAAAUGCGCCUGCAACAUUAACUACAACAAACGACGAGGACGAACUGGUUUUGAGCACCGCAACACCAACAAUAGCAGCAGCUGCGUUAGUAGCCACGGAUGAACAAGCAAAGCAGCAGCAAAUACAAGAAAAACAACGGCACCAACAAGCACAAAAGGGUGAAGGAAUUGUUGCAAAAAAGCAAGUGGUCCCUUUUAUCGCAAAUAAUGCUACGGAAGAGCCAACAACAACAAUGCCAACCAAAAUUAAUGCAGCGGUGGUAGAGAAAGGCGCUAUUCCACGCACACCCGCCACAUCAACUGCCAGUGCAACAGCAGGCAGUCCGGCAAGCGAAAUUACGGAAGUGCCAGCUGUGAAUUUUGAGAGUAAAUCACGUGCGAAUACACUUCCGCCAGGCAAUGGUGCAGCGAGCAGCUACAGAGGAGUGGCCAUGCCGAAGGCUGGCGGAAAUGAAGCGAAAACACAAAUCAUCAAAAAUGCAAAAGAGCUGGCUCCAAAACGCUUGGAUGAGCGGGCGGAUGUGCACGUAGAUGAGCAGGACGAGCGCGCUGAAUUGAGCAGGAAGAAAACUGAAACAGAUGUUGCUAAUAGCGGGCGCGGAGUUCAAAAAGAAGUAUUUGUUUUUGAGCUAGAAGCGAUCAUUGGUGAAAGCGUAGGGGAAAGUUUUCUAAGUCAGCUGAAGGGACAGCAAAAAAGUGAAACAGUUACAUCGAAGAAUCCACAAGGGGGGCAAAUAGGCGGGUGGCCAACGCAGGCGGUGAAUACAAAUCAGCAGGAGGCUGUGGUAGACAAAAAUGGAGCAUUAUUUUCAAGGCAUAUCGAUGACGUGGAAACGGUCGCAAAGUCACCAACUGCGGAGGCAACCGCAGUACUAAACGCCAGCGAACUCACGGCAAGCACACAAGCAACCCAGGAUUCGAUGCAUACUGAACGGAAACUAAAGAAUGGCAUUAAAUUGGCUGAAAUUGUAACUGACGAGUAUAAAGUAGCAGCUGACACAGUAUCCACCAAGCCAAUGAAUAAGGAAGCGAAGUCAGAGCAGGCAAAACGCGACGGGGAAAGCACCGGGAAGAAGGCAACAAUGGAGCCUACACUAAAACAACAACAAGACGGUAAACAACUAGGCCAACUUGUGCAACAAACAGGCGCUCUACAGCUACGACAACAGCAAAAUACAACACUAGUCAAACAAAAAGAACAACAACAAAGUAAAGAAGAAGAACUUGAGCAACAUCAACCAAUCCAAUUACGCCGCGAACAGCAAGCGAACAAAGACAUGGAAAACGAACAGGUACAGCGACACAAUGCGCAUACCGCAAGCGAGAUAUAUGCGGAUAGCAGUGACAAUAGGAAAAACAUGAACAAAAAGCAGACAAAUAACAAUAAAGCGAAGCAUAGUGACCAUGUGGGCUAUACAACGCCAGAAUCCACUACAGCUGGGUCGUUGCCGACUCUGCACUCCACACCACCCGCCCUCAAUAUAGUUGAUCUAUAUCCCAUGAAAAUGGAGGAUUUCAAUCCAAUUAUACGUGACUCCAAUGCGAAGUUGUUAAAAGUGCGUACAAUCUUUAAGCCCGCGGAAAGCGAUGAAGGGCCGCCGGUUGUACCAGCUGCAGGGUGGUAUGGUCACACAAAACAAAUGGGAGAAGUAGAACAGUUGCCAAUGGUUGACGGUGGAAUAGAGGAGCAGCAGCAGGAGAAUUUAUUGCCAAAUGAAGUGGAUGCAGCGAACAAUAUUAUACAGCGCUACGACAACAUCAAUAAUCUGGCCGCGCGCCACACCGUCAAUCGUAGGCCAAUCACGACAGCAAAAACAGCAGCAAAUACUGUCGGAAGAGUAGCGGCACCUACUAGCCAACAGCAAGAUCUGAGCCAACCAGAUGCCAUCAGUGAUUUCACCGGAAAAGUGCUGGCCGAACAGGAUGGUGUCAUUACGGAAAUCGAGCAAAAGUUUCGCUUGAACGAGUUUGCGGCGACAGCGACAGCAGACACAGUGACAACCACAACAACAACGCUACUAGUGACAGCAAGUACAGCUACUCCAUCUGACACUACAACAGGCAUGGAACGGCAGCUGGCGAACGGUAAAUCGACCUAUAGUGUCAAUCAUAAAAUUCAACCACCCAAAAACAUGAAAAAUAAAUAUCCAAGCAAUGGCAAUAAAAAUGAUGGCAAUGCACCGCAACGCUUGCCGCAACACGACUUCAUUGAGCGACGCGUGAAGAAAAGUUUUGAUUUUCCUAUGCACCGCGCAGCCAGCGCCAGUGAUACAUUGACAAUGCCACAUGUCGAUUUUGCCAACACAAAGUUCAACACAGGCAGUGGCGCCACACAAGCUCUAAGCGAAACUUCAGUUAGUGGCGCUGAGGGUGGUGGUGGCGCAAUGAGGGCUGCACUUGGCACGCAUCCGGAAUUUUCAACGACAAAAUUCUACAACAGCAAAGAACUCUACAAUGAAAUGAUGCAACACAAUCGAAAGCGACUGAAGGGGAAAUCGAAGAUGGUGCAGUCAAUGCCAAGUGCAGCAACCGCAACCACAACAGCAACACCAACUGCUGCUACCUCUAUGCUAGGCGCUGCAGCAGCAAAAAGUAGCAACACCAGUGCAGAGACUGCGGCAAGCAGAUUUGCACUGCGUCAAAGCGCAAAGUUGAAAACUUCAAAAUAUGCGCCAGUCGCCGAACCGAGCAAACCAAUUAUGGGUGAAGUGAACAUGAACUCGCAGCGCAGAGUCAAUGGUGAAAUCGUAGGCGAGAGUGCGGACAAGAUUGACGCUACAGUCGUUGCAAGCGGUGAAGCACAAAGUAGCGUAAAAGUCAAAAGUGCGGGAAAGCAAACAGAAAGCACGCAAGGGGAGGCGGCGGAGCCGCUACUGAAUCAGGAAUGGAUACGCAAGCAACAGCAAAGUGAUCCACAUAACAUUCAGCUACAAAAGCAAAGUGCAACGCAUGUCUACCCAGCGCUGACUCCAGCUGCCAACGAUAGUACAGCCGACUUUUCAAAACUCGGUGAUGACAAACCAACUCAGAAAUACCAAAAAGAAUUACAACGCGCUAAAUUGCUACUCAAGUCAAUUAUCCUGCAGACAAACGACAAAGGCGCUGGAACGAGCAAUGCAAACACAACUGCAGCACACACAGCAACUACAACUAGUACAGCGAACAACCAGCAAUCCAGCUUGCAUGCGCCACCCACUGUCAGUGACGCAUCAGCUGAACAGCUUAGUGCAUUUAGCGGAAUUGCUGCUGGCAAAGUUAAUUUGGUUGCAACUGCCAAAACUUUUGACAUUAUGUCGCUACGACAUAAAAGCAAUGUUGUCACUCCCACAUCAACUGCGAGCGCAGCUGUUGGCAAUAUUGACAGCAACGAUGAUGGCGCAAUGACGAAAGGGCGUGCGAGUGCAGCUCAAGCAAAACAGGUUAAUUUCGUUGGCGCUGACAUAGUGCAUGUAAAGCGUGCUAAGCCAGCACCAACUAGAACAACCAAAGCACCAGCUACAAUAACCAUAAACAGCAGAAGCACAGAGACAGCAGCAGUUGCAGCUACAACGACAAAACUGACUUCGACCGUUGCACCCCUGGAUGACCGCACAACUCCUUCGCCGUUCAUCUACCCAUAUCCACAGCAACACCGUCAACAGGCGACGCAUUUAAGCCAACCGCAUGACACCACUGCCGUACUCAGCAGCACCACCAGCACAACGUAUCCAACCUUGUCUACUACCACCACCACAAACCUCUCUAAAUCUCCCUCGAAGCCAAUUGUACGACCACGCAUACUCAGCCCCUUGCAGGAGAAAAUCAACUCUCUAGAAUGUGAACUGCAAAACGUGCCGAGCGAUUCGCAUUUGUGGCGUGGCAAUGAGACGCAUGAACUUCUGCUGCCCAUUAUGACCUCCGAGAAUUGUCCAUAUGGCGGUACAGACUGUUCACCAUUAUUGGUCUCCUGGGAAGGUGAAGCUGAAAUACAGUCGGGCGAUAUUUUAAUAGUGGAAAUAAAUGAUGCUUUAUUGAAUUUGAAUGAGCAUAACAACACACACACAAGUCUUGCCCACAACACCCAGGUCUAUCAGGUGACACGUUCGGGCCAUGAGCAUUGCGACGUUACAGAGGGUAUACUAUUGGAUAUAACGCCGCUAUUUGUCGAUGGCAGAAAGCUGGUGACACUCUAUGAUAAGGACCUCACCGAGGGAGUCAACUUGCUAAUUGUGGUUUCCGAGUUGUGGGGCUCUCAGUGCGUUCGUCUGAAGGUUACCACAAAAACCGACAAUUGUGGCGAAAGUGCUGAAUGCUCUGGCAAAGGUGUAUGUUACUCCAAUCCCGCCAUGGAGGAGUAUGAGUGUCAGUGUUGCAGCGGUUUUGCUGGUCCCCACUGUGAGGAAAUUGAUGCUUGCACACCGAGCCCGUGCACAAAUAAUGGUAUCUGCGUGGACCUCUCACAGGGGCAUGAGGGAAAUUCAUAUCAAUGUUUAUGUCCGUAUGGUUACACCGGCAAAAACUGCCAAUACGAAUCGGAUCCAUGCAAUUCAGCUGAAUGUAUGAACGGUGGCAGCUGUGUUGGCAAUUCAACGCAUUUCAGAUGUGACUGCACUCCAGGCUACGCCGGCCCACUGUGCCAACAUAGCCUCAACGAAUGCGAGUCAUCGCCAUGUGUACAUGGCAUUUGUGUGGAUCAAGAGGAUGGUUUCCGUUGUUUCUGUCAGCCGGGAUUCGCUGGUGAGCUUUGCAAUUUCGAAUAUAAUGAAUGUGAAUCGAAUCCAUGUCAGAAUGAUGGUGAAUGCAUCGAUCACAUUGGUAAUUUCGAAUGCCGCUGCACGAAAGGAUACACUGGAGCGCGUUGUCAAAUUAAGGUGGAUUUUUGCGCCAACAAGCCCUGCCCCGAUGGCCAUCGCUGCAUUGAUCAUGGAAAUGAUUUUAGCUGUGAAUGCCCGGGAGGACGCAAUGGUUUGGAUUGUAAUCAAAUGCCUCGAACGCAAUGCAACGAAAAUCUCUGCAAACAUGGCGGCACUUGCUGGACCAGCGGCGCCUCCUUCUACUGUGCCUGUCGACCUGGCUAUACGGGGAAUAUGUGUGAAGAUGAAUUUGUGGUGGAGACCGUCGUUAGUUCCAGUGAGUUUAUGGUUGAUGAUACGAGCGCCAGAAAUUUUAAUGAUAAAACUUUCGGUUCAUCGGUUGUGCUGAAGAGUCCCAUUGAAUUGCAUAAUGCCUACUUUGGAGCGGGUGUGCUGGCGGCAGCCGUUUUUAUUGUUGCUGUAGUGGUCGCCAUCUGUCAUUGCAAGGUGAAUCAGACAUACCGUAAAUUUUCAACGCGCUCCUCCACAUUCUUUCCCAUUCUGGGCUUUGGGCGACGCAGCAAAUCCCAAAACAAGCUGAACAAGCACUGGCUGAGCGGCAAGGGACUGGGAGGUGGUGGCGGCGGUGUUGGCACCGGUGGAGGUUCAUUACGCUCAUCGGGCUCAACGACAUCGCUGACGCGCGGACACCUGCCCUCCGCGCACACCGGUGGUGGUCAUCAGUCACAUCAGCGACAACAGCAGUUGCAGCAGCAACAGCUGGGCGGCCAAAUGCACGAACGACCGUUUCAGCGGCAUCUGGCGAUGAAUUUAGAGAAUGACAUGUAUUACACAGUUGAUUUUAGUGAGAAUUCACAGCACUCACCUUUGAUACAGUGAGGCAGAGAAAAUCGAGCCACAGCGGGGGUAGUGGCCGUCAACACUGUUGCCGCUGCUGCUGCUGCUGUGGGCAGAGUUGUAGUGCGUGCGCUGGUGGGUGUUGUUGGCAAGGAGCGAAUUAGAGCUAUAGUGGGUAUGCGUGCUGGUGAGAGAGGAGCGACGGUGACGACUGCGACGGCGACAGCGUCGGCGACGACGACGGCAAGACCGAAUUUUGGUGCUGAGGGCAUAGGUGCCAACAGCAGCAACAACAACAUGCCCACUAGCUGGUUAGUUAAAUUUACAAAGCAUUCUUAUUAAUUGCCAAUCGCUGGUAAUGAUCACAAUAAUGAUGAUGAUUAUAAAGAUGUCGCUGAUAAUAAUUACAAAAUAAUUAUAAGAGUAAUUGAAAAUAGUACAUAAUUGCCCGACGAAACAAGCGUUACUGAAGCAGACAACAGCAGCAGCAAUGAAGCGACGGCAUCAGCAAAGAAGCGACAAUUUUGCUUACAAGCGCAUGCAGCUGUUGGCGUUGUCUCUCAAGCUGUGAAGUUUUUUCGUGCGGAUCCUGCAGCUGGUAUUGAAAUAUUAAUAGAAAAUUUUCGUAUUCCAAUGCGUAGCUGCGGACACAGAGACACACAGGCAACACAGGCAAACGGAUAAAUAUGUAUUUAUAAGUAGAUGUGUAAAUGAAGUGCUAAGCAGUAAAAGUAACAAUGUUGGACGAAAUCAAACUGAAAGUUUAAUUAGCUUACUUAUGGAGAUUUUUAUGUAGCAGCAACUGAAGGUGACGUUGAAGCGAUAAUAAAAUAACAAACUAAAAUUAAACAAAUUUAAAAGAGUGGAAAGGAAUAUUUAAAUAAAUUUAAACAAAAUGGCAAAUUCGCAUAUUAUAUAAAUAUUUACUUAAUUAGUGUUUUAUAGCGCUUUAAGUGGACAUGCAAACAAACUGAAGGACACUUGUGCAGACAUGACAAUUCAGGCUUAAGAAUUAAGGUAGUAGAAGGAUUGAAGAAGGCUCGGUUAAAGUUUAGUUCAAGAAAAAAAAUGCAAGAAAUUAAGAAUUGAAAUAAAUCUAAAAAUAGAAAUAGAAAUAAAUAGUAAACGAAAAAAUGCAGUUUCAAAAAGAUAAAAGCAGCAACAACAAAAUCUCAUAAAAAAGA